AUCAAAUAUCAAUUCCAGUUUGAGUAGUCUUGACUUAGUGUUGUCAUCCAAGGCUGGCGGUCAAGCAUGUAGACGACCUUGGACUGAUGCUUAGCCAAGUUGAGACUAUGCCACAGAACAUUAAGGUGCCAAAGACUACUACAUACAUGUAGCAAAUGUUCUACAACUGGCUAGUUUGACGAUUUUGAAUGCCCAUCUCUGAUUCUACAUUUUGUGUCAAUUCCCAACACAAACUUUUAACUGUUUACACAGAUUCGGCUCCGAAUUCUCUGUCAGAACUUAAUUGUCCCAAUGUAUUAGACUCGAUUGGUGCCUUUGACCAUGAAGGCACAAGCAAUCGCACCUCUAAUUCGGAAGCUGUUGGUAAUUCUUUCGUCACUUUUGAGGUUUCUGAGACCGAGACAUGUGCAAGCAACUUAUCAGACGACUUUCAAACAGUUCCAGAAUACUCAUUACAUACUGAGGUUUACGUACCAGCAACUUUUCCCAGUACGCUGUGCCGUUAUUCAGAUCAGACAAACACGGAUAGUUAUGGAGAUAUUGUUACUCAGAAUUUGAUGUGGCUUGCUGAGGAAGCUGUACAUGCACCUCUUAAUGUUAUGACAGAACUUCCCCAGGAUACAAAUCUCAUGUCUAAUCUUCACCCGAAUUAUAAGGCAGAUAGUAUUUUAGAAAGUCAUUUUUAUGUUACUCUUCCACCUCAUUCAGAAAUCCCCGGAGCUUCACAACCAUGUUACAGUUUCCAGGACGAAAACACUACUGAUAAUGGACAGAGUUCUGAGCAGAUCCAUAUGUGUGUCGAUAGCACAGCCCAAACUUUCUCAUCAGAAUUGGAAUUAACUUCAGAUUUAGUUCGUGUAAGCGGUUUCACCAGUGAGUCGAAAGACAACACAAUGUCGUGGCCAAACUCUUCUAGUGACAGUUAUUCCUAUAAUCCUCAUUACUACAAAGGUGUUCCCAAUUUUUCCAUGAACUCAUCUCUAUGUAUUCAUACCGUGGAACCACAUGAAGCCAGUGGAGAAAGUUACGUGAAUGGUUUUACUGUAUACCAAGGCCCUUCAAGCUCCGAUGAACUACUUGAUCAGACUUUUGAAUAUCCAGUCUGUGAUUUCUUUCCCACGGAUGGUCAUAGUUAUACUUCCUACGACCAUUCUAAACCAUCCUACUAUAAUAAUUUUUCCGAAGGAUUUAGUAGCGCGAUAGUUUAUCCAGAUUGUGAUCCAAAUGGUUACGAAAGUGAACAGCAUGAUUGCUACACUGAUAGUAUAUUCGUCUCCAGCUUUCCAGACUCAUUGGUCACACAAGAUAAUACAUAUGUUUCCGCAUAUUUAAUUCCUGAUCAAAACUGCGAUUCUCGUGUGAAGCAGUCGAACAGCUAUCCGGAUUCUGCGGUACACAUCCCUUUCUGUACAGCAUAUGAAACAAAUGCAAAUAGUCUUCAAUACAAUAACUCAGUCCAAUGUGCACAUACAUUUGAACUGCCUUCGGCAACAUUUUUGACCGAUACAAAUCAGCAAUCAGCACGUAAUGCUUCUGUAUACGCACCAGCCGUGGUUUACCCUUACAGUAAUACAAAGUCGGAAUCGCUUCCUAACAACACGGAGUAUUCAUCUGUGGAAAACGUCCCAGCCAAGUGUGUACCUGUGAUUCCUCCUGUCAUUUCUGAGAAUAAUAACACAGUUUCCAAAAAAUCGAAGUGGAUUUGUACUCAUUGUUCUUUGAGUUUUACACGUCCAAGUCACUUGGUAGAUCAUUUUCGUAUUCACACCGGUGAAAGACCUUACAAGUGUAUUUUAUGUGGACGUCAAUUCACUCAAGCUUCUAACCUUCGCCGACAUCUCUCAAGUCACAGAGCUUGGCCACCAGUGUCAUCUGUAACUGCUGCUGCAUCCAGUGGGCACGAAAAUUCGGAAAUGGUUCCAAAGAACACUGAAGUGGUAACUAACCCUACUUCGUGUCGCCAUGUGUCUCCUAAAAUUUGGAUAUGUCGGUUUUGUGAUCAACGAUUUGAAACAUACAUACAACUUCGGGCUCAUAUAGUACAUCAUAAAGACAAGCAGGUUUAUGCAUGUGUAUUUUCUGAUUGUAACUCCUCUUUUUCAUCACCAAACAGUUUGUUAAAUCAUUUGUUAGAAAAACAUCGAGUUAACAGGAGUGACAAACUUGCAUGUCAAACUUGCGACCAAAAAUUUCACGAUUUCUUGCAUCUUGUUCGACACUUGUUGCCCCGACGUAAUGGAUGUAACUCCGGUUGUCCUAUGCUGUAUAUUAGAUCAAGAAAAAAGGAAAGUAAAUUGUUGAAGAGGAAUCGUAAAUUUAUUUCACACCAUAGGUCUAAUAAUGGACAGGAUGUAGAACGAGGUUCAAAGUCGUCAGCUGAAUACUCCAGUACUGCUAAUUAUUUGGAUCCGACAUUCCGUCUACUUCCUUUACAAAGAUUCAAAAAAGAUAAUUCAUUAUUUGGAUUCAAGUGCCCGUUUUGUGUGAAAAUUUGCAAAAGUCUUAAACAUAUCCAUGCUCAUUUGUCUGAUAGACAUUCAAGCCUAAUCAAUCUUUCAGUAUUCAAAUCUGCCUUGUCCAACAAUACUAUGAAUGAUGACACUAAUAAUACAGUUUCCCUUCCGCGUAAUACAGAUUCGUCUUUCAGUGAUGGUGAAUCUUCUAAAACAGCCUUGUUUCUUCUUCAACUAGAAAAGUGUAUGUUAUCUCAUGGAAAUCACCUAGAAUCUAACAAAAAUCCACCUAAAAUAUUUGUAUGCAAAUUUUGUGGCAAAAGUUUUCAAAAACAGAAGUUUUUUAGUGAUCACGAGUUGAUGUGUCAACAGUCAAUUCAAGAACGAGCACGUCGAAUUCGUCUUAGAGCCAAUAAACGACAAAAGUUUUUCGUUUCACAGAAAAGUAAUAUUGAAUUGGAUAUGAAUUUAUGCACUGAUAUCACUCCUCCAAAUCAAGAUUUCGUCCUUUGUAAUUCAGAGGAUUCAGUUUCAGCGCUUAGAAGAUCCACACGUAAUAAAACAUUUCAUACAUUUUGGAAACCUAAACCAACUCGUCGAAAGCGUAAUUUUGAAUCCGUCUGCUGAUUAAAAAUAAACAGGCUCAGUUCUAAAAUAAAUUUUCAGAAUAAUGAUGAUGGUUUAGUUUCCGGUAUUCAUUUCCAAACUUCUGGGAAAAUUGGAAAUGACUUGGGAGGAAAUACCAUGCAAUCAUAUGAUAAUCAUAAUCACAACAAAGGUCGUCGAUUUCGCUCUUUAGUUAAAUGUUGGUUAACAUUAAGUCAUGAUUUUAAUGGAUACAAGAAGCAAUGACUGAAUUUAAAUGCGGAGUAAAUUUUAUGCUGAAUCUCGUUCACAUUCUUUUUCAACUGAUAACUCUAAUUCUUUAAGGUUUUGUGAUAAAUUUAUAUGUUCCAUCUUACAAAUGAAUGUUAAAUAUAUAUUUGCGUUCUAUUUUCUCUUUUUGAUUUACAUUUUGCAUGCGUGUUGUGUGAUUCAUGACCUUUGCUUGCUAAUUGUGCCUAUGAUCCCUGUUGUUGUGUUAAGUAGACUACGCCAACAAACUAAUGCAUAAGUAAUUUUUGGUGUGUUAUUUCCUGCUGAAUUUUGGUCACUAUACAAAUCAGUAGCUUAUUCCUGAUACUAGUAUCAUGAAAAGAUCCAUUGUUUUUCGGCCUAAUUAUUGUGAGCCCUCAGACAUCUCUCUUUCUGUUCAACUUAUGAAUUAAGCCUUUUUCCUUAAUUUCUAUCGGUUCCGUUUGAUAUUUUCAUAACUAAAACCCACUUGGUCCUAGGCCACUCUAACCAAAAUUCAAUUUUUUGAAUACUGGUUUUGACUGACCUCAUUUCACAGUAACUCCUUAUAAAUAGUCCUUCAGACAUUAUAACUUCUC